AUGUACUGCUUGGAAUCAAGCGGCGGUAGUGCUGGAGACAUGCUCACCGUGUCCGAGGCCGCCUAUGAGAUCUUGCAUGCUUCGUGCGCUAUAUAUCCUUCCGUAAAGACCUUUGCGGUCCAGGUGCUUGAUGGCCACCAUAUCAAUCGUAAGAAACAGGAAGAUAUUAUAGCCGAGUCACAAAUUGAGAAAUAA